AUGGUAGACAUCAAAUUCAUUGAGAAUUAUAUCGAAAAGAAAGGUAAAUACAUUUAUCAGUAUUUCUCUGAUGAAAGAAUAGUUUGUGAGAAUAGGAAUAUGCGAUCAGAAGCAAAUUAUCACCAGAAAACGUUAGCUAAGAUGCUUCAGAAUAGACAGACUCUAAAAACAUUAGGACAGGCUCUUAAUAGAAUGAAAAUACCUGAUUUUAUAAAUUUUAAAUAUGUAAUUGCAUUAAGAGAAGAAGUUAAUAGGCUUAGAGACAAAAAUACUAGGCUUAAAAAUGCAAUUAGUUAUCAGGAAAAUGAAAAACAAAAUAAGAUAGUAAGCUCUAGUAAAAUGCCUUAUUCUAAUGCCAAACGAUUCAUAAUAGAUUAUGUUUCAUUAUAG